CGCCCAUGGAAUGGCAAUGGCUUUUAAAGCCGCCUCCCCCUUUUUCUGCAAGAUAAGAACUCGCAAAGAAAUGUAGAGAUAUUAUUCCAGGCUUUUCCGUCGCAGGAGUUGUUGCCUGGCCUGUUGCCUCCGGUUUAUUCUCGCAAGAGAGAGAGGGGGGGGGGCGGUAAAUCAUUGGGUCUAUUUAAUCAUCUAUUUAAAAUUUGCAAUGUAGACCCAGUUUGUGCGAUGCACCAACAGGAAUCGCCAGGAAGGGUUUGCAUGCACGGCUGCAAAAAUGGCCCAGAUACCAGCAGCUCUCACUCUUGGUUGCCGCCCUCGAAUUUCUGCAAUUUGGGCCUGAAAGGCAACGAGACGAGAAGGAAGGGUGUAUAUUAGUUUUAUUUUAUUUAUUUUAUAUCUCUAUGGAGGGAAAUCCGUAUGUUCCGCCAAGUUAGUUUCCGGGGUGGUUCCCGUCCCUCCCCCGCAGCCGCUCUCGGAAGCGAUGGUUUUAAAGGAAGGUCGUGGCGCGCUUUCUGCAGCUGCACGUGGGCAGCCGCUGCCCUGAUGCGGGGGCCGAGCUGUGCGGUCAGGCUCUGGACGGAGGGGAGGUUUUGUAGACAGCCUUGGCCGGAGAGCGGCGGGAACCGGGAUGGGGGGUUGCAUCGCAAAUGCACCGCAAACUGGAAGGAGGGCAGCGGCAUAGGAGGGUCUUGCGAUAUCAGAAAGGCUUCUCGGAGGGUGGGAAGCUUUUCUGCAGGAGAAGAAAAGGCGCUUCCCGCGGGGCAGUUCGGGCAUUUAAGAGACGGCACUGCAGGGUCGUAGAGCGAGGAGGUCCCGACCUAUGAGGCUGCUGAGAGGACGGGGGUCCCAGACGUAGGAAAAAAAUGUUUUCGGUGACGUCACGGCUCCUUUUGCGUCCCCGGCGCCUUCCAGGUAAAUGGGUGCUUUUUGGAAGCUCUCCUUGUAAGCACUACAAGCAGGAAAAGCUUCCACCGGUGCAGGACCCGAUUCCUCCUGCCUCGGUCACAGAGAUCCGGCAGUACCUCAAAGCGCAGAAAAUCCCCUUUCACGAUGGCUACAGUUGCAUUCAUGUGCCCAGUGUUUUUGUGGGGGAUAAACAGCAGCACCGCCAUAGUUACAGCCUCUUUAUUGAUAAGACUACGGGCCAGUUUAUCUGCACGGCCACCCUGGUAGAAGGUAAUUGGCAAGACUUCCAGGCCAACGUAGAGCUGCAGGAUAAAGGACUGACGUUAAGCGACAGACACAGUAUUAAUGAGCAAAAUGACCAAACUGGAAAGGAUGCUAGACACAUAUGGGACCGAGCCUUGCCUCUCUGGCAAUUGCUGGAUGAACAGGAGACAAAAGAAGUCAAGGCUACAUUUGGCAUUUCCAGCGUGUCGAAUACCACUCUCAAACACUUUGGGGUGCGUUUUCUUCGGACUGCUCAAGCAUUGGUCUUCCCAUGGUUCAGUCCUUCUGGCACCAGCUUGAAGGGAUUGAAGCUCCUCAGAGUUGACCAUCAAGGAGACAAAGUACACCAUGUGGAGAAUAUGUUGCCUCGUCCCAAUGCCUAUCACAAUCUCUUUGGCUUGCCUCUGAUCAGUCGGCGUGAUACAGAAGUGGUGUUGACUGGCCGAGAGUUGGAUGCUCUGGUGCUGCAUCAAGUGACUGGUUUGCCCACCUUGGCUUUGCCUCGUGGGAUUUCUUGUCUUCCCCCAGCCUUACUUCCCUACUUAGAACAAUUUAAAAGGAUCACUUUAUGGUUAGGAGAGGAUCUCCGGUCCUGGGAAUCUGCUAAACAUUUUGCACGUAAGCUGAAUCCUAAGCGUUGUUAUUUGGUGCGACCUAGUGACCAGCAGCUUCGACCUUUAGAGGCUUUUAGCAGUGGUAUGAACCUUACCAAGAUUCUACGCUCAGCUUUGCCAGCUGGCCACAAAUCUAUAAUUUCGUUUUGUCAACUGCGGGAAGAGGUGUAUGGGGAGCUGGUCAAUGUAGAUCAGGUAGCUGGAGUCAAAUGGGCUCGUUUCCCAGAACUAAGCAAACUUCUCAAAGGCCACCGCAAAGGAGAACUCACUGUUUUCACAGGUCCAACAGGCAGUGGGAAGACCACUUUCAUAAGUGAAUAUGCCCUGGAUCUCUGCAUGCAAGGGGUUAAUACAUUAUGGGGGAGCUUUGAGAUCCAUAAUGUGCGUUUGGCCAAGAUCAUGCUUACUCAAUUUGCCAUGGAAAAACUGGAUGAGCAACUGGAAAAAUACGAUGAGUGGGCAGACAAGUUUGAGGAUCUUCCACUUCAUUUCAUGACCUUCUAUGGACAACAGAACAUCAAGACAGUAAUUGAUACCAUGCUCCAUGCUGUGUACAUGUAUGAUAUUACUCAUGUUGUCAUUGAUAAUCUCCAGUUUAUGAUGGGCCAGGAGCAACUCAGUGUAGACAGGCUUGCUCUCCAAGACUACAUUGUGGGUACCUUCCGAAAAUUUGCUACAGACAACAACUGCCAUGUAACACUGAUCAUUCACCCUCGGAAGGAAGAUGAAGACAGAGAGCUGCAAACAUCUUCCAUUUUUGGAUCUGCAAAGGCCAGCCAGGAGGCUGACAAUGUGUUGAUCCUGCAGGAUAGGAAAUUAACAACAGGACCAGGCAGGCGCUACUUACAGAUCUCCAAGAAUCGCUUUGAUGGAGAUGUGGGAAUAUUUCCCCUGGAAUUCAGCAAAACUUGCCUUACGUUCUCUAACCCUGUCAAAAGCAAAACUAGAGUAAAGAAGGUAAAAGAGGAUACCGAGGAGCCAGUCCAAAAACCUGUAGCAGCUGCUGGGGAAGUUCCGAAGAAGCAAAGAUCCCAGAAACAAUCCAAUAAGAGCACAAAACCUGCCUUAAAUGUAUCACCUGAUGGACCCAACAAGCCAUGAGGAAUUGAAUUUUAUUCAGAAAGGAUUUGCAGCCAGCAGAAUCACUAUGGUUCAUUUGAUUAUAGGAAUAAUCAGUCCAGCCACAUAGCCAUUGGUCAGGUUCUUCUUUCUGUGUUGCAGCUCUGUUGCGUUGGAACCAGUUGCAGGAGAUAUCUGUGAAUGGUAGCAGGGUUUAUAGCACUGUUUACUAUUAAGAAAUAAUCUGAAAAGAAACUUGGAUUAUUUCCCCAUGCCAUCCAGAACAGAGAGCAGGUCCAGUGUGUACAGCUGAAAGGCUCAGCUGCACAUAUAGUGGGGUAUGUGCGAGAAAGGAGUUGUGUUUGUGUUAAGAGAUAGAUAAUGUCUACUUGCAACAAGGAAUGAAUAAUACAGCUGCAAGGAACACUAAUGUAUGUAAGUUGUCUCCUGCAUUUGCUGUAUGUACAUGGGGAUACAGUCAAGGUUCCCUGCAAGCUAUUGUGAUAAAUCAUGGCGUGGAAUCACAAAUGCUGAUUGAAUCCUCUAGUACUAUACACAAUAACGGUUGGAAAAAUUAAAAAUUUGCAAUAGAAACUUUUUUCCCCCUGAUCUGGAGAACUGAGUGAUGACAUUAGAAAGAUGAAAAGGGAGAUGCACAUACCCAUGUACCUGUAAGGGGGCUAUGGAAAAACCAUUUAAAAAAGUAAUGCAGCUUUAUUCAAAAAGCAUUGCUAUACCUUUAAUGAUUUCCACAUUGAUUUUAGUUUUAUAUAGAUUUCUCCCAGCUUUAUUUUGUGAUUCAGCCUUCCAGUUUCAGCGGUUCACUGUAGGAAAUUUACAUUCAAUUUAUUUCCUGCUUAGGAAAACUUGUAUUGAAAAGGAGACUUAUGAGUGUUUUGUUACCAUUGUACAAGAAAAGGAAAACAUUGUUUUUAAAAUGAUAAAUGAGCAUGGUAAAAGACUUUAAUAGGAAAAUAAAGAGUUUUAUUCUGUCAA